AUGGAAGAAAGUUCAAACCAGAGUGGAAGUUCACCUACUAAUAGUUCUGCAGAAUUAAGAACACUUCUGCUUGAAAACAUAUCCAAUAACUCUAUCUUUCCCGAGUUAGGACAAGAUGGAUUUAUUAUAACUGAUAGAAAGGCGGAAGAACUUAUUACUAAAGAUUUGGCUAAAAUGGAAAAUUUGGUUGCUCUUAAAUUACUUUUUGAAAACCCACUUAAUCAAUUUUCGCCUGGAAUCCUUCGUAAUUCUUUAGUUACUUUAGCGGAUCCGACGCCUUUUGAUUAUUAUGAUAAAUUAAGUGUGGCUAGGCUAGAGUUACAUAUUCGUACCUGGGUUGCUGUAUUGGAAAAAAUUUGCUUUACACCAAUGCGCUUAAGUAAAGAACUUCGAGAUAAAGUUUAUAAUUCUUUAGCAAAAUUUGCAGAAAUUCAUAAAAAAACAACGCAAGUAAUGCAAGAAGGAGUUGAUAAUAAUUAUAGGUCUGACUUUAAUCAAUUCAAGCAAUUACAGGAUAGUAAAGAAGAUGAGGGUAUUAUGAAUAAACGAAAUUAUAAUAUUGACUUCUUAUUAAUUCACUUACGGGAUACAUUACAUAGCUUGCGUGAUGACGAAACUUGGUUUCAAGAAACUAUACGAAGAACUAAGGAAUUACUUAAGGCUGUAUUAAAUAUUACACCAGGAGUUUUAUCAAUAGUAGCACCUGGAGUUAAUCUUCCAAAUGAUAAUUGUUCGAUCUUAUCAAUGCUCACUCAAUUACGUAAAGGAUUAAAUUUUAAAUAUCCAGUAGCAUCUUAUUAUGUAGAUUGGAGAAUUAUGCUUAUAAUUCAACAUAAUUUAUUCAACUGGUCUGGUGGUGGUACUGAAAAUAUAAUUAGUGAGAAAUUUCAAGAAAUGGUAUUAAUGGAAUAUUUUUGGAGUUAUUUGGAAAAGGAAUGGAGUGACAUUUACGAUAAUUCUAUUUUAGAUUCUCAAUCAAAAUUUGAUGAAAUAUCAACUAAACUUGUUAAAGUUUUUAGAAAUACUGGAAGUUUCAUCAAUGAACUUGCUGGAAAUGAACCUCUUGCUUUACCACAUACUUUGUGGUUUGGAAUAUUAGAUCUUGCACAAAAUCUUAUUCAUAAAUCUACUCGAAAAUCCACUCAUGGUCUUUGUUAUUAUUUAGCAAUUGAAUCACUUAAUAGAGCUCCAAGCAGUUUCAUUCAAUUUAAAGCAAUUGAAAUAUUAUUUCAUUUAAAUAAUAUUAAUAACCAAAUAUUCUCAUUGAUUGAAAUUGACUUUGAUCAAUACAUCCAAAAGUUAAAUGAAAACAAUUCAACAACAGAUUCCUCAGAAAAGUUCCAAAAUUUAUUAACAUUUGUUAAAAACAAGUGCUCUGAUGAUUUUAAUCUAUUAGAUUAUAAUAUUGAAAAAGGAAAGGGAAAAGGAAAAGAAAAGAGUUCAUCAAUUAAAAAUACAAAUUUAACAAAUAAUAUAUCAAAAUUGGGUGAAAUUUUAGAAAUGAUUGCAAAUGAAAUGACUUGUCCAAUUGAUCAUGAACCAACAGAUCAAUUAUGCGUUUUAAAAUGCCAACAUAUAUUAUCAAUCAAUAGUUUAAAAAAAUUAAAACAAAAAAAUUGCCCUAAAUGUCGAGAAAUAAUUCAAGAUAAUGAUAUUAAAUAUUUACCACAAAAUGCUAUUUAUAAACAUUUAUAUUCACAAUUUUUUGAAGCUGGACAUAUUUUACCUUCAAUUGAAAAAGAAGAUUCAACAAAUAACCAAUAUCAUAGUGAUUCAGGUGAUUCAGAAAUUGAUCUUAUGUUAACUAAGAAAAAGAGAAUUCUAAAAGCAAUUAAGUUAAAUCCAAAUAUAUCAUUAAAGUCAAUAUUUCAAAUUGGAAGAAAACAGCAUCCAACAUAUCUAAGUGCUAUUAAAGAACUAAAAGAAAAAAAUUAUAAAAAUGCUGAACAUUGGUGUAAAUUAUUUCUUAAAACUUUUCCAAAAAGUUAUUCCAUAAGAUGUAUUUUAGCUUAUACCUAUAGGUGUCUCAAUAAUUAUGAACAAGCACAUUUUUAUUUAAAUGAAGCUAUUGAACUAAAAGGAAAAAAGCCCAAUGCCUGGUAUAUUCGUGGAGAAAUUCAUUUAAGACAGGGCAAUUAUAAUGAUGCUGUAAGAGAUUUAAUAGCUUCAAUAAAGUAUAAUGCUAAAAUAGCUAAUUUAUAUAUGAUGAUUGGAAUUAGUUAUUAUAAAAAUAACAAUAAUAAAGAUGCCCUAAAAUAUUUUGAUAUUGUAUUACAAAAUGAUCCAAAUAAUCAUUUAUGUCUUAAGUACUGUGCUUAUAUUUAUGAAAAGAAAAAAAUAUUCUCAAAUACUUUAAAGAUGUUGGGUAAAUUGCUCAGUAUUAAUGAGGAGGAUUCAUUAAUUUUAUGUUAUUAUGGCGAAACUUUAAGUAAAAUAGGAAAGUAUGGUGAUGCUAUAACAUAUUUUACAAAAGCAAAUAAUAUAGAUCCAGAAAAUGUUCACAAUUUAACUAGGAGAGCUAUUAUAUAUUACAUUCUUCAAGAAUAUGAUAAAGCUUUAUUGGAUUUUAAUAAUAUCAUACAAUUGGAUACUUCAAAUAGUUUAGCAUAUAAUUAUAAAGGAUUAAUAGAAGAUAAUAUAAGUUCUAUAUUAACAUUUAAAAAAUGCAUUGAAUUAGAUCCUAAUAAUGAUUUAGAAAAAAUGUAUUUGAAAGAUUCAAGCAAUUAUCUUCCUCAAAUUUCUAAUAUUGAUUAUAAUCUAAAGUGUUUGCCAAAUUAUCAUAAUCUUACUGCUAAGAUUAAUGAUAAUGAAUCAUUACUUUUGACAAGAUGCGAAAUAUAUAUUGAAUUAAAAAAAUAUGAAGAUGCAGCAUUAGAUUUAAAUAGAUUGUUUGGGUUAAAUGAUGAUGUUUCAUUUGUUUAUUUAUUACAAAAAUAUUCAGAUUUUUGGUUAUACUUGUGUAGACAAUAUAUUAUUAAGAAGUAUACUCAACCUGGAAUUACUAAUGAUUUUGACCUUUAUAUGUAUAAUGCAAAAGGAGUUUAUUUUAUGUCCAACCUUAUGAAUCUUAAUUAUAAUUGUCAAUUUCAAGGAAGUACUAAUUUAAAUAGUUAUAUUAUAUUUAAAGCUGGUGAUAAUGCACAAAUAGAGUAUGUUCAAAUUACUAAGGAUUAUCAUAAAGAACUUCCUAAAAUGGAUCAUUCAUUACCACUUUACACAAAUAAUAUUCCAGAAACUUUUAAAAAAAAAUAUUUUUUAAGAAAAGAAACAGAAAAUUUGCUCGAAUUAAAAGAUAUUAUUGAUUAUUAA